UGCGGAGACGACAGGAGUAAUAUGAGCGGAACAUGGAGUGAGAAAGGGAUGAUAAAGAGUUGAGCUUGGUGCGAGUACGGUGAAACCGCGUGGUAACCACGGAGUGACCGUGGCAAUGUCAUGGAGGGAGCACGGGGCCAUCCGUGGGGCUCAGGCAGUGGUGGAGCACUGCGAGCGAUACGGCUGUUCCCAGGCAGAGCAGCGGCAGCGAGCAUUCCUCGGAGCAGACAGACAGACAGACAGACAGACGGAUGGCACACGAGACAGCGCCGUCACGCCCGGGCUGAUGGAGGUACCCGCAACGGAGAUCUGCCUGGAGACGGGUGAUGCCGCCCAGCCCAGGCACUCCCUGCUCCGGAGCAGCGGCGCGGGCUGCCGGCACCCUUCAUCCUCCUCCGACAGCAGCCAUGGGGAGCGGCCGUGCGGUGGCGGCCGGGGCCGUGCUGGUGGCACUGGUGGCGCUGGGAGCACGGCUGGCCGCUGGCACGCGGCCCUCGGCGUUUUUCCAGUGGAGCGCUACAGUUGAGUGCCACUUCCUCAACGGCACCGAGCGGAUGAGGUUCCUGGUGAGGCACGUCUACAACCGGCAGCAGUACGUGCACUUCGACAGCGAUGUCGGUCUCUUCGUGGCCGACGCGGUGCUGGGAGAGCCUUCUGCUCGGCUCUUCAACAGCCAGCCGGACGUGCUGGAGAAGAACAGGGCUGCGGUGGAAAUGCUCUGCAACUACAACCACGAGAUCGUGGCCCCUCUGACGCUGCAGAAGAGAGAGCCCAAGGUGAGGAUCUGUGCGCUGCAGUCGGGCUCCCAGCCCCAAACCGACCGGCUGGCUUGCUACGUGACGGGCUUCUACCCCCCCGAGAUCGAAGUGAAGUGGUUCCAGAACGGGCGGGAGGAGACGGAGCGCAUCGUGUCCACGGACGUGAUCCAGAACGGAGACUGGACCUACCAGGUGCUGGUGCUGCUGGAGACCAGCCCACGGCACGGGGACAGCUACGCGUGCCGGGUGGAGCACACCAGCCUGCGGCAGCCCAUCAGCCAGCUCUGGGAGCCGCUGGUGGAUGUGGGCAGGAGCAAGCUGCUGCUGGGCGUCGGGGGCUUUGUGGUGGGGCUCGUCUACCUGGCGCUGGGGCUCUUCCUCUUCCUGCACAGUAAGAAAGUUUCAGGGCACCCCGAUCCAACCACUCCAGGGAUCCUGAACUAGCAGCUGCUGCUCCACCAGCAUGUCCUGCACUCCCCAGCCAGCAGCUAGAGUUUCCCUUUGUGUUGUCACCACGUUCCCUGCUGCCGCUGCACAGCCUGCUCUGUCCCCUUCUCAAUUAGAACUCGCUGAGGUGCUGACUCCGUGCUCCUUCCCCUUCCUUACUGUGGUCACCCACUGACACCCCACCGUGGUCACCCAGUGCUCACCUCUUUGUCACCCCAUCACCCAUCACAACACCAUCUUUGCCCGAUGUGACCCACACGAUUACCCAUGCUCACCCCACGUUGGCCAGAUUUUCCUUCUGAUCCCUUCACUCUCAAGCCAUUUUUCCCCCUGAGACUCCUUCCCAGCAACCCCGCGGUCACCCAAUGUUGCCACCAUGUUCUCAGCAUGCCAACCCCUGUCCUCACCAUGAUUACCCCGCGGUCAUCCCAGAGAUACACAUUCUGCACCCACUUUCUCCCCCAUGAACACCUCAUGGCUGUGUUACGGUUAGGCCGUGACACCUGGCGAUCACUCGGUGUCCCCAUGGAAAUGACCUCGCAGUGUUCUGGUUCCAGCUCAGACACUGCCAGUAGCACACUGGUUUUUUGGCUGUUGCUGAGUGAUGGAGCGCUCCUGAGGCCGGGCCACGAAGAGGGGAAGAACCAUUGCCAUGAUGACGUGGAGCCAGGACAGGCGUCCUCAUCCAAGGAUACGUGACGCCAUGCGGAAGGCCUUGAAUCUGUGUGGAGCUGGGCAGAAUACAGAUGAUGCUUGACGCUUGGGGAUUGGCUGGGCGUUGGGUGGAGGGUGCUGACAUGUCUUGCCCCAUGGCCACCCCAUGCCCACCUCUUCACAACCUCCUUCCCACCUUACGCUCCUCCCCGGGAUCCUAUCGUGUUUCCCUCUGUGUUCCCUUCACUGUCAUCCCAUGCUCACCCCACGCUCACCCCGCGGCCUCGCCAUGAUCCCACCCCUCGUGAUCACCGCGUGUUCCCUCUGUCAUCCAUCGCUGAGGAAAACGCUCCGAAUCAUAGAUUUUUAAGCAGGCAAAGAUCUUUGUGGUAGCAGCAAAGUCUGUCCAUCAUUGCAACAACGGGCCCCUACUGGCCAAAGGGAGAAAUUGCACAGCAGUCCAUUCAUUCAGUUCCAUCCCCGGGUCCGACGCGGUAAUUCCUCUCCUGGCUCAGGUUGGUUGAGCUUCUCCUGGUCACCACCUUCCCGACGCUGUUGCCGCAAUAGAAGGUCUGUUACCAACUUGUUGUUUUUAGGGAUGGCCUGUGCUUUCCUACAGAGGUAGGAGGGCAGUGUUUCCAAAGGGAAGCACAUUGGUUCCGUGCUGCGCUGGGCUCUCCCCGCCCUGCCUGUUUCCUUUGCCUUGUGCCUGUCUCAAUCCUACCUGAGCCGAAACGCCCCAAUCUGCACUUUACUCCGUUCAGCAGCUUUCUUUGUGAGAAACAACUUGUAUCACUGUUUCGCAGGAAGGUUUUCAGUUCAGUCAGGGCCUGGACUACAUACAGAAAGCACUGGAAACUUCCACUGCAAAAACACCACCCGCCUCUCACGUUUUCCAACCUUAUUGAUUCCGUGAUCCAAACGCGAAGCCCAGCUCGGGUUGGUAUGAAAAAGGGCUCCAAAGGGAAGUCCCAGUGGCUUUCAGCUUCAUUUGGAAUGUCUUUCAAAAGCCCACGCGCAGAGGGAGCCUGCUCCAUCCCUACGCCCUGAGCCAAGCACACAUUCUCAUCAAACACUCCCCACCGAGGGCUCAUCCCAACAACUGCUGCCCAUGGGAGGCUCCGUGUUGCCUCAUCUGCCUCUCCUGAGGAGUAUGGAAGGAAAGUAGGAAGGGAGGCAGGGAGGGAUGGAGGGAGGGAGAUAAGAAGGGAGUAAGGGAGGAAAGAAGGAAGGGGGGAAAGAAGGAAGGAAGGGAGGGAAAAACUCAAAAUGAAGAAGAGAUGGGGGCAUUUGACCCGGUGCAGUGAGCAAAUUUGGAGGUGAAAAGGCAAUAAAUGGUGCCGUGGACCAUGGGGGGGUGAGUGGGAUCAUAGAAUCAUAGGAUGUCAAUGGCGGCACUGAUCCUCACACAGGUAAAACACAACCAGACGCCCAUAGGCACCAAUGCAGCUCCUUGGCCACGCCCCGCGCCGUAACCUGGCCACGCCCCCUGGGUCGUCUCAGUUUUAAAGCCACGCCCCUAACCUUCCUGGCCACGCCCCCAUGACCUGCGCCCGUCGCUUAGUGGCUAAACCACGCCCUUUCCGUUUGGCCACGCCCCCGCACGCUGUCGGUCUGAUUCCGAAGCCACGCCCAUAGCCGUUAACCACGCCCUUUGGUUCUAUAAGCCACGCCCCCUUUCUGUCCUGGCCCCGCCCCGUCCCGCGCUGCUCUUUGCCCGCACCGCGCCCGGUGCCGCUCCCGAAG